GGGUAUUGAAGUUGGAGGUUGCUUGAAAGUCUCAAGGUCAGUUGGAAUGCCAAGUUAUGAAGUAAUAUCACCUCAAGUUGCUUGCCCAACAUGUUCCGGAGCAGGCUACGUGCGUAAAGAUUCCAGAGCAGAGUAUGUGGCUUUAAUCCCUCUGACAGACCGACGUCUUCGGCCGCGUAGAAUAUGCCUUAAACUUUUUGGGUCUGUAGUGAUCUGCUCCUUAGUAUUUAUACUUUUAUUGGUAUUUCUCUUUCCGCGAACAAUCUCUCUGAGAAGUUCAGCGUACAAGUUAAUUACGAUAAGUGCCAUUGCCAACAUGCAAGAUAAUUUGAUAGAUCUCACAGUGAUUAACCAAAUUAAUGUAUCAAAUCCUAACUUUGUUCCAACCACAAUAACUAAAAUAAUUGUGUCUCCAAAAUACCGUUCAGUGGAUCUACAGGAGACUGUUAACAAUUCCAUUCAGAUGCUACCGCUUCGCUCCGAAACUUUACUGAAUGUGACAACGAAGUUACUCUUUGAGCAUAAACAUUUCGAUGUAAUAUUUAGUUACGAUCGGUAUUUAAAAAUAGAUGGGCAGGGAAAGGAACAAGAUUUAGUUAAUUUCAGUAAACAAAUUCAUGUAUAAUUGUGUCUACUUCACAGCUGAUUCCACUGGAACUUCGUGUGACAGUGUUGUUUAACAAGGGUUACGCUUCGAAUGUGGUUUGGCUUAUGCUUUGCAACCCUGUUAUCCAUUAUGCCCACUCUUUGCGACAGUGCUUCACUCUACUUAAUCUAGUGAAUACUACGGGUUUAAUACAGCAAACCUAAAUUAUGUCUUAUGAAAUUACCUUACUUCCAUGAUAUAUACGUAACUUUUACCUUUCAUGUUAGUUAUACAUUAUUAUGGCAAAAUUUUGAUGCAUAUCUUACAAUUAUGCCAUUAGUUGAUUGUUAUCCAACUAAUAUGAAUAUAUCGAAUAUAGAAACUUGAUAAUGAAUAUAAUUCCAUUAAAGCGAGAGAGAGAGAAAGAGAGAGAGAUCCACUAUAUUUUCAUUUAUGCUUUAAAUAGGUUUUCUUUUCUAAUUUGUAUCUUUUUUAUUUUUUCUUCUUUUUUUUCGUUUCAAAUCAUUGAUGAUUUUAACGUUUCCUAAUUUUAAUCUAAUUGCAUCUACUAAGAUAGAUAGAUAGAAAGAGAGACAAGAAUAUCAUCAUCCUCAUUAUCACCAUGAUAAUCAUGAUCAUCCCUUUUUUUUAUUACUUCAUUUGUAAAUUAAUUGGCAAUCAUUAUCAUCAUAAUAAUAAAGAUAUCAGUGAUUUGUAA